CCUCAACUGCCGUCUGUUUUGUGUUUGUUUUCUCUUUUUUUUCUUUUCUAAUCUGAUGUUUAUGGACUUUUCUUUGUCUUCGUUUUGAUUCUGUUGUCGAGUUUUUGAUGAAUUGAGUAAAAUUGUUAGGGAGAAGGGGAAGGAGAAUUAAAUGAAGUUUACUCUUCGUUUCUUUAUGAGUCUGUUAGUCGUAGUGUUUACGAGAGGCUCUACGCUACAGUAAUAUUUUUAAUGAAUUGCUGGAUUUUGGUAUUGUUUUGCUUAUCUUUGAUCUGUAAAGGCGAUUUGUCGCCUCAGAGUAUGGAGUUUGCUAAUGUCUACAGGUGGAGAAUAGGGAUUGAUUGUUUGUUCAGCGCCUUUUUCCAUUUAAGUUAAAUUUGUUUGUAAUGACGAUGUUUCUGAAUGUAGUUCUCACUUCUCACGAACGAUUAUUUGUGGCGAUGGAAUUGUUCUAAGUAAUUGGGAUCAAGAUGUCAUGCUUAGCUAAUGUUGAUGGGUACUCGACGGCCCUUUUGACCAGAUUAGUUAAAGGAAUCUGAAGCCAUUUUGCAGUCGAGGGAGGUUUUGACAACUGAAUAAGAACUUGGGGAGCACGGAAGAGGAGAUGAAUGAGGAGUCAACUGGGUUGGCUAUUGGAAUUUCGAUAGGAGUUGUGAUUGGAGUUCUUUUGGCCAUUCUUGCUCUAUUCUGCUUUAGAUAUCAUAGGAAGCGGUUGCAGAUCGGUAAUAGCAGUUCGAGGAGGGCAGCUAAUGUUCCCAUUCGAACAAAUGGAGCUGAUUCUUGUACUAUUUUAUCAGACUCAACAGUCGGUCCCGAAUCACCGGUGAAAGCCAGCCGGAGUAGCAUGUCCUCAUGGUUUGAUGGAUUUAGGAGAAGCAGUGUGAUAUCGGCAUCUGGGAUGCCUGAAUAUUCUAUUAAGGAUCUGCAAAAAGCAACUGGCAAUUUUACAAGUGUAAUAGGACAAGGAGCAUUUGGUCCUGUUUAUAAAGCUACUUUGCCAUCCGGUGAGACUGUUGCUGUGAAAGUACUUGCAACCAAUUCUAAACAAGGAGAGAAGGAAUUUCAGACAGAGGUAAAGAUGGUGAUGUUAUUGGGAAGGCUGCAUCAUAGAAACCUUGUGAAUUUGGUUGGAUACUGUGCUGAAAGAGGCGAACAUAUGCUUGUGUAUGUCUACAUGAGUAAAGGCAGCCUAGCUUCUCACUUGUACAGUGAUAAAAAUGGACUACUGGGUUGGAAUAUGAGAGUUCGUGUAGCUUUGGAUGUAGCAAGGGGUUUGGAGUAUCUCCAUGAUGGGGCAGUUCCUCCAGUAAUUCACCGGGAUAUCAAAUCAGCUAACAUUUUGUUGGAUGAGUCUAUGAGAGCAAGGGUUGCUGAUUUUGGGCUUUCAAGAGAAGAGAUGGUAGACAGUCAAGCAGCUAACAUUAGAGGAACUUUCGGAUAUCUUGAUCCUGAGUAUAUAUCUUCAAGGGCUUUCAAUAAGAAAAGUGAUGUUUAUAGCUUUGGCGUAUUACUUUUCGAGAUUGUAGCUGGCAGAAAUCCUCAGCAGGGCCUUAUGGAAUAUGUUGAGCUUGCUGCUAUGAAUUUUGAUGGAAAAGUUGGGUGGGAAGAACUUGCCGAUUCCCGUCUUGAAGGAAAUUUCGAUGUUCAAGAGCUGAACGAAGUUGCAGCUCUUGCAUACAAAUGUGUUAACCGUGUCCAAAAAAAGCGACCUUCAAUGAGAGACAAUGUACAAGUUUUGUCCAGAAUCCUAAAACAAAGGCAUAACAACAAACGUAACCGAAAUACAUUGUCGACGACAACAGAUGAAGUUGCCAUUGAUGUCGAUCAACUAGAAGGCAGGAGUCCACGGCCUGAACACACAAGACAACAGUCCGUAGAUAGUACAACUGAAUCAUGUGAAGUUUAGAAAAAUGGUUCUUUUGUCCCUCUCCUAGUUCAUUUUUUAAAUUUUUUUAAAUUUCUUCUUAUUUUAACUGCUUUUCUCAACAUACCAAGAAACAAAAAUUGACAGGAGAAGUUAACAAAGAUGUGAACUAAAACUUCUACCUAAGUUACUCAUCAGAGUGACUUACACCCACCCCAACAAAUUUCAUGUAACAUAGUUGACCAUUUUUUUUUUUCAUUUUUAUUAUUAUUUUUGUUUUUUCUAUUAAUUGAAAAUAUUUGUAUAUUCUGCAUCAGUAUUGAAAAUAGAAGAAAAAAGAAGGGUUUUUUUUUUUUC